UAGUUCCGUCUUCGGCAGUGUUGCAAAGUCCGUGGUUUUCGAUAUUUUGCUCCUGAAAUGUGAAUUCUAUCUGGGGAACCCUUCCAAAAAAGUAAAUUUUACCCCCGGAACCCAAUAUUUAACGGGGGACCACACCAAAACGCGAUUAGGAUAGUUUUGAGUAGCAAUUUGGGCGGGGUUUAGUGUGAAAACUGGCAACCUGAUUCUUGCCUGGACUUCCUUCCCUGCUCUGUGCUCUAAUGGCGACUCGGGCGUGUUUCUGAAACACGUACUGUUAAAAAAAAAAAUAGCAAAGAAAGGAUCGAAAAGCUGUACUGAAUGAAAAUGCUUGACCUAAGAUAUUCGACGGCCUUCAUCUGCGCCGUGUUCUUCAUCAUAGGAGCUGUUUCAGGUGAAGAUAAAGCAGUGGGUUCGUCUGUUUCAUUUCGUCCAGACAAAAUAGAUUCUUCUGUCAGCAGCAUUAUAUGGAAACACAGAAACCGCACUGGAGUUGUUGUAAAAGCGAUUGAGUGGGAUAAAGAUGAGCCUGAGGUUAACAUCCCGCAUCCGAGAUUCAAAGGCAUCACAUCUAUUGAUGACAAGACUGGACAGAUCACUAUAACUAAGCUAACUGUUGAACACAGUGGACUAUAUACCAUUGACAUCAACAGUAAAGAACAGGAACAAAAAUUCACCUUGACUGUUAUAGAGCGGGUCCCCAAACCUAAGAUAACUAAAGAGGAGACCAAUAACGCUGAUGUUGUCUAUUUGAAAUGUGACUACAUUGGAACGAUCAUCUGGAAGAAUUCUACUGGACAAACAGUGGAGGACAAGAAGAAUGAGAUAACAGUCAAAAACUCCAAAAAUCCAGAAAACUUCUACACCUGCACACUCAACAACACUGUGAGUGAAGAGACCAGUGAUCGAGUCUAUGAGAGAGAAUUAUUUGUGACAGGAUCGAAUGCAGGACUGAUUGUGGGGAUUUUAUUUGCUCUCUUACUUGUCGCCCUUAUUAUCUUUAUCGUGCUCUAUCUAUUCGUGACACCUGUUCACGAGUGGGUUAAUAGCACCUGUCCAUGUAUGGCAAAUUUGUUCGGCCCUCUGGAUUGUUUGAAGAAGACCGAAGUAGCGGGCAAAAAUUCAUCAGGAAGUGGUGUUGAUGCACCUUUGAAUCAGACUUCAAGUACCUCUCCAUCAGAUCAGAACCAAUAGUAGGUAAAGGUCAUUGUUGAAUUUUGCUUUCUAGAAAAUAACUUCUCUACAUCCAUGAAACAACAACACUUCCUGGAUUAUGGUGGCUGAAGAAUGAUUGUACAUUUUAUCAUCUUGGGGGAAAAAAAAUAUUCCACAGGAACAGAUCAAGGAACCGAAACAAUUGUUGCCUGCAGUGAACUGAAACUAAUCUCUUAGAAAGCAGUUAUACAUUAUUACUCCAUAAUUCAUAAAUCAUCCUACAUGUUGACCUAUGUUGACACUUUCUGAAUCUGUUACAGAUAGUCUCUCUCGAACAGAUGUGCUCAGUUAGAUUUGUAUGUUCAAUCAAUGUAAUUUGCCAGUGUGUACAGGGCUCUCAAGUUAUGGCAAAUGUUUGGAGUGAGACUACAUCUGUUAGAGGAAGGGCACUGGAAUAUGACCAGUCACUAAAAGGGGAGGAGCCACUCAAAUAUUUACAGCACCCAAUUCUCAAGUUUUUGCUAGGAGUUCAAUUUUCAAGCAGUACAAAUUUCUUUGUAUUUUUUAAUAUACAGAACAAUUUAUUUUAUUUUUGAUGAAUUUGUCUGUUUUAUCAGAUUUACCAAAUGUUAUAACCUCUCUAGCAAUUCCCUUAGUUUCUGGGAGCCAGAGCUAAGUUUAAGCUUCUGGUUGCAAAGCAGUUAUUGACUGCAAUAAUAUAACUUUAGCAUGCGUUGGCUUCCCAACAUCAGCUCUCAUUAUCUUUGACUUGAGACUUGAGAGCCCUAGUACAUGCUUUGGCAUAGGCCUAGACUUCGACAUUGAAAAUGAUUCAGUAAUUUUAAGUUUGGGGAGAGCACAUUAACCAAAAUAAAUCCAUCAAGUAUUGUACAUAAAUCUAUUAUCUAUAUAAAUUGAAUGUUUAAAAUAAAUGGGUUUGGGCUGUUUUAAGACAAAGACAUGGCUGGUGCUAAAUGAUUUUAAGUUAGCGCUGUCAUCAUAGCAAAACCGAAUGAUCUGCACCCUGAAGCGGAGCUCAGUUAUUACAUGGCUGCAUGUUAGUUAAUAUAGAUAGUUAUUUUUUUUAUUUGAGUUUAAAUUAGUUUAAUUUAAAUGUAGAGAAGGUGGAGAAGCAGUGCAAUCACAUAUAGGAAACAUUGGUCUCUUCAUGUUGUCCUGGACAUUUUUCAGAAAUAAUGGCUAAUAAGAAUCAAGUAUUCCAGUGAACCAUGUAAUAACCUGAGAUUUGUUUGCUUUUAAUGUCUAUUUAUGUAGUUCAUUUCCAUUUCUUUUAUAUAUAUAUAUAUGACCUUUCUAAACUGAACUUCACUGGGUUUUCAAGUUCAACAUUUUUUUUCAACAUUUAAAAGCAUGACUUUUGAUUUAUAACAAAGCUUUGCUUUUCAAGGCCUCAGGUUCUGUGAGCCAAGUGGGUUACACCCAUAGAUGUUUUGUUUGGAAUUUUAACUCGUCAUCAUUUUUUCCACUGAAUCUUGGCUUACUUGAAGUGUAUUCAUAAUUAUUUAGGUUUUUGUUUGCUUGCUCAGAAAUAAUGGAUUUGCAGCCAUACUUUGUAAACCGUAUGUUAAUGCAAACCUAUAUUACUUAUUUUGCAAACCUUAUAUCACUAUUUUGUAUACUGCCCUUUUCAUAUUGCUUAAAACUGAUAUUUUAAAUACAAUAAGUAUGCAGUGUUUUUACCUUUAUGUUGCCAUUUAUUUAUUUUUUGGAUGCAAAUUGGCAAGUUUUUUUCUUUAUAGUCACUUAAGAUCAAAUUAGAGUUGAUUUCUCUGACGUCACGUUACUAAUCUUCAUGAAAUGGCAAAACUAAAAAGUACCCAAUGUAUGCCUGCACUUACCUUUAGGAGUUCACCAUCACUAAUAAACUUUGUAUGUACAGUCUUACGACUAAAAUUAAAUGUCGUUUUGUUCCCUGAGUUACAACUGAAUAUGAAUGUAUAAAAUGAUGUGGAACUUUA